UUAGUGCAGCGUUGCACCGAGGAAAACCUUCACUUAUCCCAUUUCAGUAUUUUCUCAUAUUUCCGCCUUUCCCCUCUCCUCUUCGCUCUCCCUUCGUCCUUCCAUUCUUUUCGACUUCGUCUCUUCGUUCCACGUUUGUGUUUCUGCCUCAGCUCGUGGCCAUCGUCGCCGUCACCAUUCGUUUACGACACAUAUACAACAGUCACUCAUUUGAUCAGUCUUGUUCUUCACUGCCUCUAGCCUUCCGGUCCUUUUCACAUUUCUGUCAUCGAACCAAUUAGUGGCCAAGUCCCGGCAAAAGUCAUCACAUCCACCAACCAAGCCACCAGCUCGAUAUUACUAUUCAAAAUGCGUUUCUCCGUCGCCGCCGUCCUCGCUAUUGCGACCGCCGUCUUUGCCCAGACCGAUGGCUUUGAUGUCAUCUCCAACCCAUAUGCUGGUGAGAAGGUGCUUGCUGGUCUGCCCUGUGAGAUCAAAUGGGCGCCUUCGUCCGACCCGAAAUUCCAGGGCACCGUCCGUAUCGAUGUCCUCGGAGGCACCACCCCUCAGACGUUGGACAAGGUUGGAACUGUUGCCUCGGGCGUUGACAGCAGCAAGGGUUCUUACAAGUGGAUGGUCGACGCUCACCUAGGCAAGGCCAACACCUACGGUAUUCAGAUCACCUUGGAGUCCAAUGAGAAGGUCUUCCAGUACUCAUUCCCCUUCCACAUCAUUGGCGGCCUUGCCGACUCUGGUGAUGCCACCACCGUCACUGUUCCCACUACCGCUGCCGCUGGCACCGCUAAGCCUCUGACCGUCGCCGCUCCUGCCACUACCAAGGCUGCCAUCACUACCACCAAGGCCUCCGAUGCCGCCGAUGCCGCCGAGACCACCGCCAACGCCGCUACUGGUGCCGCCUCCGGCUCUGCCGGCGACUCCUCCGCCUCCGGCGCCGUUUCCUCCUUCAGCACCGUCGUCGGCAGCUCCUCUGCUUCCGUCGAGGCUUCUGCCACCUCUUCUGACGUCGUCGCUACCGCUUCUGCUUCUUCCACUGGCGCUGUUGCCACUGGCGGUGCUGCUACCUUUGGCGCCAGCACCGGUGCUCUCUUUGGCGGUGUCGCCAUGGCCCUCUUCGCUCUCUAAAAGAGGACGUUCUGGGCUCUGAUACCCAACGUUGGAAAGGGGGUUGUUUUUGUCUUGUUUGAUUUUGCAUACGCCCGGUAUUACGAUGAAUACCA